GUAUUCAACAACGUACAUAUAGUUAUAUCAAAAGCUCAGACGCUACCGACGCGCGAGAAAAUAGAUACGCGAUGUGGGUAGGUACGGAGUGUACGUGUCCGCGCCACGGGAUCUUCCAUCCCGUAUUUCAGUGGUGUUAUUAUGCACGCGAGAAACGGAGUAAGCGAAGGAAGAGCAGGAGAGAGGAGAAGAAGAAAAUUGAGAGAACGAGACGGACAUCGAAGGAGAAAAGGACGGGACGAAGCCGCGCGGUGACGACGGGUUGGUGUGGGCGCGUGUCUGGCAGCUGCCGCGUACAGGUGGUGCGCUCGCUUGGGAACCAAGCUCCACGGAGUGUUCCCACGGAAGACUACCUCCACUCUUCGGGAGUCCCCCCACUCCGUGGCGCUCCGCUCCCUAUAUAAGAGACGGGAGCUAGACCGGCCCUUAUAACCGCUCCGACAUUCGUCCGAUGUGUAUCGUACUCGCAUUCAUACAAACGACGUAAAACUAACCGAGACGAGAUUUAAAGAAAAAAAAAAAGGAAUAACGACGAAACAGAAAUAUUAAUUUACACACGAAUUUCUUCCGUUCAAUUACGUACUAACAAGUAAUAAAAAGAAAGAAAACAAGUGCAGGUGGAUUAUAUUGCAACCAUCGAAAAUAAGUGACACUGAGUAUUCCGUAUAAGUGAGGAUAAAGUGCGCACAUGUACGUCUUGUUCGUCGAACGAAACAAGGAUUUUUAAAAUAUAUUGCGAACAAGGACGACAAACGACAACGUUCAACCAUGCAGAUGCACGAGCAAAUAAUCGUCGACGGUCAAGAACAACCGAUAAGCAGGACUUAUCAAUACAGAAAGGUGAUGAAACCAAUGCUGGAAAGAAAACGUCGAGCCCGUAUCAACAGGUGUCUAGACGAGUUGAAGGACCUGAUGGUAUCCGCGUUGGCCGGUGACGGUGAGAACGUAGCAAAACUCGAGAAAGCCGAUAUAUUGGAACUGACAGUUCGUCACCUGCACAAACUCCAACGUCAGCAACGUCUUUCGGCAAAUCCUGUGAUAGACGCGGACCGUUUCCGCGCCGGUUACACCCACUGUGCAAACGAAGUGAGCAGGUGUUUGGCCGCGACUCCGGGGGUGGACAUAGCGCUUGGGACAAAACUGAUGACACACUUGGGUCACAAGUUGAACGCGAUGGACAAAACGGGACCCCUAACGAUCCACGUGUCGGCACCGCAAACAUCGCCGGCAACGAUUAGCGACACCUGCAGCACCACCGACGACAGUAGCAGCAGCGGCGAAGAUUACCCGAUGCCACUUACUCCAGCCUCGAGUCAACCGUCGCCGGUCAGAAUUACUGCGACCGAGAGACAAGAAGUCGAAGGUUCCUCUUACAACAGCCACAGGGGUUUACUCCAAGUCGCCAAGCCAGUGGAGCCGGUUUGGAGACCGUGGUAAAUGAAUCGUCGAAAAUUCGAAAUUCCAUUUCGGAACGACGCGAAGAAGAAGUUUUGUACUGUAUACAUCGUCGAAGGAGAAAAGACGAGCAAGGGGUCUUCCGAUUGGGCGAGGAAAAGAUUACCUACCCAUCUUAAUCGGGGCAACGGAGAAUAUAUCGGGAGAAGAAGAGCCACACCGUGAUAAAAAACGUGGCAAUUUAUAGGGCCGACUUGAGUCGGGGUGAAGAGAAAAUCAAAAUAGGGAAACCAUUUUUCUGUUCUCUCUUUUUUCUUAUUCGUUCCUAUUCGCAGGGAGAGAGCGAGCCUCUCUCCGUCGUAUUGAAUCGCAUAUUCAAGCAGAGUAUAGAAAAGAAGAGACUGUGAAAUAUUUGUUUAAAAAAAAAUCAGUCUUUUGAAAACGAGAAAAUUAGUAAUGGGACAAGAAAUAAGGAAAAAGAAAGAAAGUAAUAUAAUGGGUAUUAGAAUUAAACCUGAUUUGCUCAAAUGAAAAAACAAAGGUGUAUAUCACACAUUAUAUUACGCAUCUAUGGGAUAGUUAAACGUGCAGAUAAUAACUAUGGGGGUUACGUGUUACACAAGGAAUAUUAUUGAAAUCAGAGAUAGAUAUAUCGAUGUAAUAAUUUGAUAAUGACGUGACAUGAAGAGACAGUUUAAAAUAUCGCGAUCUCGUCUUUGAUCUCGGUUUGAAUCGUCGCAUUGGAAAAAAAGAGAAAGAAAGAAAGAAAGAAAGAAUCGAAGUAAAAAAGAAACUGAUAUAACAGCGACGAAAGCUUUAAUCUAGAUUUAGAUAUUAAUAUUACGGUCAUUAUCAUUAUUUUCAAUAAUAUUAUCAUAUCUAUUAAUAUUAUUACAAUUAUUUGUUUUGGUGAAUUCAUAUUAUUAUAUAUUGAUGAUUUUUAUGCAUAAACAUAUAUCGUCGUUCUAGGGACUGUUCGCAACUCUGAUUGUAUAAUAUUGUGUGACAGAAAAAAAAAAAAAGAAGGGAAAUACCAGAAAAAAAAGAACAAAAAGAUAAAGCUAAUUAGCGGCGAAAGCCAACGUCACACAAGUCGCUAGAACCGAAGUUGUUGAAUUUCUCCAGCUCGGUCAGCGGGUAUAUAAAUUCUCGCGUGUUUUUUUCCACUAAUCUUUUGGUUGCGAUAAAAACGCAAUAUUAUUAGCACUACAUCACGAUCAUUAUAGUUAUUAUAACACACAUAGAGACCGGGCAAGAGAAUUUUGUGAUAUACAGAAACGCGUACCUGUGAUAUUUACUGUAGUAACCGCGAGGUGACAAUACUAGAUUAUUAUUAUUAUUAUCAUUAUUAUUAAUAUUAUUAUUAAUAUUAUAAUUCUUACAAUAAUAAAAAAAUCCUCUACAAAUAA